AUGGCCAAACUGGGAUCCAUUAUUCCUUUGAUCAUCCUCUUCAUCGUCCUCGCAAUUCUCACAGCAGUUGGAUUUGUGGCAUACUCGAUCGCACAUGACGUAGGUCACAAGACGAGGCAAAAGCUGGAACGAAAGAACGUCUCGUUCGGUCGAGAUGGCAUGAAGGUCGGCGUGAAGGAACUCUCAGUGGAGCAACAGGAGGAUAAGACACAGAGCGUGCUCAUGAAAGUGUGGAACAAUGCAUCCGGAUCAUUAAAUGAUCCCAAAGUCGUCUGGAGUAAAGGGUCGGCAGCCACUCCUCCUGCGGUUGAUAAACGCAACCCGUAA